GUAAUAGGCAAACUGUGAAGGUCGACGCCAUCGUUCGAUAUCGCGAGUGAGGUUGGAAUUUUUCUUUGUAAAUUAUAUACCGAGUCCUUUUUCGAGUAGGAUACACUAAAAUUAUGUGUUUUAAUGAUAGUGGCUGAAAGAAUGAAACUAAUCAUUUGAAAAUGGACGAGAGUUACACGUUAGUGUGGGAGGAUGGCUCCACGGUCAUACAAACCGAAGAGGUAAUCUGUGGUAUCGAUAACGAUUGCACAAUACUAGCAGAGAACAAUGACUUCUCUGAAGUGUGCGAGGAGGUCGUCGUGCAAGGCAACGCCGAGCGUGACGCGCAAAGCAUCCCCGAAGUGGCUCAAGGUAACGGCAUCAUGUAUGUGACUGAAGACGAAAUGAUGGUCAUACAGCAGGCGUCCGACGAAUCCUUUGUCGAAGAGCAACUGUUAGAUAUAACCAAUGAGGAAGUCGUAACAGACUCUUGGGGGGAGAACUGUUCUGAAAUCAUUGUUGGCUCCGAAGAGAACGUGGAGGAGCUAGACGAUGUAGAAAUUCCUCUACCAACUGAUCAGGACGAGUACACUGCCGCACGUCCAUAUCCUUGCGAUUUUUGUAGCCGUCGAUUUAGGAAGAAAUCGAAUCUUAUGAAUCACAUGGUGGCCCACCAGACGGACAGACCGCACGGGUGUAAUUUGUGCGGGGUUCGCUACAUUAGAAAGUGCGAUUUGAUGAAUCAUUUAAAAAUUCACGCAUAUAUACCGGAGACUGACGGGUUGGAGGAGGAAGAUGCGCAGACUAUGGACGAUUCUGAUGUUGAGAAGCAGAAAAUUAAGAGUUUCUUUAAGAAGCGUAAGAGCUACAAGAUUAAGAAGGAGGAUAUGGAUGGGUCGAGCUCGCGCGCGUACAAUUAUGUUGACGAAGAUGUUAAACUCAUGGAAGAGAUGGAGCAUAAACCGGACCCGGAAUUUGGUAACUUUAUGCCUCAAGAGAACCACCCAAUGACGGAACCAAGAUUUCCAAUUACUGAUCCGCGUAAGCCCUUUGUGUGUCAGCACUGCGGAGUCGGUUUUGCACGUGAGAAGGCGUUGGCUUCUCAUGCACGCGUCCAUGGUGGUGACAGCCCUUUUGAAUGCCGCACCUGUGAGGAGGUAUUCUGGGACAUAGCGCUCAUGCGCGAGCACGUGCGCAUUAAGCACGGAGGCAUUGAACAGAACUUUGAUGACGACGACGAUGAAGAUUACUCAGACGAAGAAACCAAGUAUGGACAAUACUUCUGCCCGACAUGCGGCAUGUCAUUUCAUCGACAAGACAAUAUGAGGCGACAUCAAAGGAUUCAUAUCAAAGAGGAGAUGACCAAGGAGGCCGGCUUUGGUCACAUCUGCAACGUUUGCGGGGAAUCGUUUCCGGAAGCGCUCGAGCUUCUGGCGCAUGCAGAAGUGCACGCGAGAGGCUGGGAACACAGGUGCAUGAUUUGCGGCGAGGUUUUUAUUAAUGACGAAACUGUCGCGGCCCAUGUCCUGACUAGACAUGGUAAGAGUUUGCCACCUAAUACGUGCAUGAUGUGUGGACGUACAUGUAAAGAUAGACGUACACUUUUAAAGCACUCCUUCGAGCAUUCGCAGGAAAAAUUAUUUGGGUGUUCAAAAUGUGAUAAAACGUUUCACAACAAAGCACGUUUAAAGCGUCACAUGAUCUCGCAUAGAAAUAAGGUAGUGUCAUGUGAAGAGUGCGGCGAAGACUUUCCCGAUGGAAGGACUUUAAUGAAUCACCGACAUAGUCACAGUGGUGUAACUGGUAGGCACUUUCCUUGUGUGGAAUGUGGGAAAACUUUCGGAUCUCGAAGCUCCCAACAAAUUCAUCACAGAAUUCAUACAGGCGAAAGGCCGUACGGGUGUCGGUUUUGUUGGAAAGCGUUUGCAGAUGGAGGCACUUUACGAAAGCACGAGAGAAUUCAUACAGGAGAGAAACCUUACGCAUGUGCAGUAUGUCCCCGUGCAUUCAACCAAAGGGUGGUAUUAAGAGAACAUAUACGAUCCCAUCAUUCGGGACCCGAUCCUAAUUACAGUCAUAGCAUGACUCCUUUUUCGUGUGCUGUCUGUUCAGAUCUAUUUGCGACAUCACAGGAUUUGAUUAUUCAUUUAAUCCAUCAUUGUGAUUUAAAUACUGCAAUGAAGAGACAACCUCAGGUUGGCCCAAGAAAAUAUAAAAGAAGACGAAAGCUAAAACCACAUGAAAUUGAAAUGAUGACUACAAGACCCAAUGAAGAUGAAGACGAAGAUCACCUAACAGAUACUGAUAAUGAUAGUGAAUACAAGAGAAAAAUAGUGCGAAAACCGAAGAAAACACCGCCCAAGUCCAAUGUAGAGCAAAGUUACUCAGACAUAUAUAACAAUUUUACCGCUACUAUAGAAAACAUUAAUACAAUAGUUAGCACAAAACCGAGCAAAGUGAAAAGAAAACUGAAGAACGAUCAGCAACCUGUUCCUUCAAGACCCAAAAUGAUCCACACACAAAAAACUCGGGUACCGGUCGAAAGUAACGAGGGUGGAAAGAUAAGACACAAAACAAAAACGCUGGUAACUCACACGCAGCCAACAGAACUAAAGUCGGCAACAGGUGAUAGGAUACGCCCGCGCACAAAGAAUGUCAACUAUCAUCACAUGCUACAGUCGGACAAGAUUCCCGUCGCUACAUUCGGAGAAGAAGAUCCGGAGGAAGCUGUCAAUAAUUUACUUGCCAGUGAGGAGCCAUUGCAAAACGAUCUGGAACACUUCCAAACAAACGGCGAGUGUGACGUACCUACUGACAUUGUCAACGAGGAGACUGUGGAAACCCGGAAAGAAGAUGUUGGUCCGGUUCCUACAAAUAUCAUCAAAAUAACGCAGACGCCUAUAGGUGAUAAAUCCGAUAAGAAAACUUACAGCUUAAGGCCGGGGCGUACAAUUAUUGGGCCAGGUAGUAAAGUAGUGCGUCUCGUCAAAGGAGGCGGUAUGAUUGUUUCGAAAAGUAAGAAGGUGAAGGAAGAAGUUGUUGAUCCUGAGAACAUUAUACCCGAUAUAUGCGCUUCUCCUACGCCCGUUAUUAAAGAAGAGUUCAUAACAGAUCCCAGUCCCUUGCACGAGUUGGCCGAACUUUCUGUGCAACAUGCACAAAAUAUAUUUAAAUGCGAAAUGUGCAGCGAGGUGUUUUCGGAUCGCGAACAGUUAAUUGUGCAUGUGCCUAUACAUAUUUGAUUAUAAAAGAAUUGAUACCUACAUGGAUUUGCCACUUGUAUCUUUUUACAUUAGAAGCCCUUUUGUAUGAAACAAAAAUACUUCGUGCACCAUUGUAACUAUUGAGCAUUUAUUUCUGAAGUACUCCAGUAGUAAGUUGUCAUAAAAUUAUUUGUACAGAUCACUAUUAUAUCUAUGUAUUAAUGUUGUGAAUAACACAUUUAGUAAUUAGAGUAUAUUAAUUUACAUGGAAAAUGAACUUUCAUGAUUUAUUAAUUAAUCCAAUAAUUUAAUUUCAAGUAUUUUGUAAAUAUUUUCAAUUUUGAAGUAGAAAUCUGGAUUUGCAGAUUUUCUUUUAAUAAUUUUAUUAUGUACCUAAAGUUGCUUGUAAUUUUAUAUUCUUAGGAUUAGUUAUCAAGUCAAAUGUGCAAAUACAUUUAACAAAGAUCCGGUUAAGUACUACUUUGUUAUUUCUUGUUUUUACAGAAAUGUAAUCUGUUUAUUUUUUGAAAGAAUAAGAUGUAUAAAUUUUGCCUGUAUUAUGUAAUAGUUUAUAGGUAAUGUAUAUAAUAGAGAUACUUAAAUUAUAACAUACCUAUCUGUGUAUUUUAAUUAAACGUAAAUAAAAAGGUUAUGUAAUAGUUUGAGCAUAAGAAAAGACAGUUGUAAUGAAGACCUAUAGAUUGUCCAGUUGAUUAUUUUUGAGAACCAGUAUAUACCUAAAUCGAG